AAAUUCAUGGCUGAUGAGUCUUGUACCUACGCACAAGUUGUCACUAAUAUAUAUAUAUAUAUAUAUCUGAGGAGUGAAGGCUGAACUCUGAUCUUUUCAGCCUUUAAGAUCUCUUCUUUGUCGAUGAAAAAAGUUCACGAGAAAAUUGGUGUUUCACAAGAAAGGAGUAGAGGGAAAGCUCAGAUUCUCAACUACUUCUGUGAGCCAUUUUCUACUGCUCAUAAGUGGUUGUUCACAGUGUUUGGGACACUAAUUUCAGAAACUAAUCUGAGAGCAGCAGUUGAAAUUACAAAGGACAAGAGUACUGGAAUUGAACAGGUCGUUCUUCGGAACCCUCAAGGAGCUUCAGCUCGGGUUAGCUUGCAUGGAGGACAGAUUCUUUCAUGGAGGAACGACCAUGGUGAAGAAUUACUAUUCACUAGUAGUAAGGCAAUCUUUAAGCUACCAAAGGCGGUGCGAGGAGGAAUACCAAUUUGUUUCCCUCAGUUUGGAACCCGUGGACUGCUGGAACAACAUGGGUUUGCCAGGAACAAGAUUUGGGUCAUCGAUCAAAAUCCUCCACCACUGCAUCCCAAUGAUUCAAAGGGAAAAUCCUGUAUUGACCUGCUACUCAAACCAUCUGAAGAAGAUCUGAAGAUCUGGCCACAUAGUUUUGAGUUUCGUCUGAGAGUCUCUUUGGAGGAUGAUGGAUAUCUAACAAUGAUAUCACGCAUCAGAAACAUCGACAACAAGCCUUUCAGUUUCUCAUUUGCCUACCGUACAUAUUUCUCCAUCUCUGAUAUCAGUGAAGUGAGGGUAGAGGGGUUGGAGACUCUUGACUACUUUGAAAACUUAUGUCAAAAACAGCGCUUCACGGAACAAGGAGAUGCCUUGACAUUUGAAUCUGAGGUGGAUCGAGUUUAUCUAAAUUCCAUGGACGUGAUUGCUGUUUUUGAUCAUGAAAAAAAGCGCACAUUUACCAUACAGAAGGAAGGGCUUUCAGAUGUUGGCGUCUGGAAUCCGUGGGAGAAGAAGUCCAAAUCCAUGGCGGAUUUUGGGGAUGAAGAAUACAAAAAGAUGCUUUGCAUUGAUGCUGCAGCAGUAGAGAAACCAAUAACCUUAAAACCAGGUGAAGAAUGGACAGGCAAGUUGGAACUCGCUGUUGUCCCUUCAACUUAAUAUUGAGCAUCUGGAUCCCCACAUGAAUAAUUUCAAGAUGGAAGGCUAAUAAUACCAAUUACAAACAAGAGACUGCUUUUUGCGCUGGAUGCUACUAUUGAUACUCCUCAUACACUGUAUUUGCAAUCUGAAACUGAAUCAGAACAUCAUCCUCUUAACUUGGUCAUGCCUGUAAUCCAUAAAUUUUCCUGCAAUGAAGGUGGAGAAUCGUUUUAAACUUUUAAUGUCUCUCUCUCCACGUUAGCCACGUUUCAAAAUGUAGUUAUACCUUCAGGCUUCAACUACUAAGUAUGUAUAUGAAAUAUGAACUGUAGAUUGAGUGAUAGGCAUGCUUGAUUAUGGA